CCGAGCAGAGCGAUCGCCUCCGCCCGCACCCAGCAUGCUUCGCCGAGGCUAUAAGGCCUCUGAAAGGCGAAAACACUUGAGCGAGAGGCUCAGCUGGCACCAAGACCAGGCGCUGAGUAGCAGUAUCUACCUCCUACGAGAGAUGGGCCCCACUGGCUUCCUGCUGAGGGAGGAGGAGCCGGAAUACAUGGAUUUCCGAGUUUUUCUAGGAAAUCCUCAUGUUUGUAACUGUUCCACAUUUCUGAAAGGAGGGGAACUUUGUAAGCAUAUCUGCUGGGUCUUGUUGAAAAAAUUCAAGCUUCCAAGGAACCAUGAAUCUGCUUUACAAUUGGGUCUUGGAGAAAGAGAGAUAAGUGACUUGCUUCGAGGGAUACAUCGAGUUCAAACUCCCCAACCAGGAACAAAUGACGAAAAUGAACAUGUUGAAGAAGAUGGGUACAUUAAACAGAAGGAAAUUGAUUCAGAGGAUAUCUGCUCUAUUUGUCAAGAGCUACUUUUAGAGAAAAAGCUUCCUGUCACCUUUUGCAGGUUUGGCUGUGGCAAUAGUAUUCAUAUAAAAUGCAUGAAGAUCUUAGCUAAUUAUCAGAGUACAUCAAACACUUCCAUGUUGAAAUGUCCUCUGUGCAGGAAAGAGUUUGCACCAUUAAAACUGAUUUUGGAGGAAUUCAAAAACUCUAGCAAACUUGUAACUGCAGCAGAGAAAGAGAGACUGGACAAACACCUUGGAAUUCCCUGUAAUAACUGCAAACAAUUUCCAAUUGAGGGGAAGUGUUAUAAGUGUACCGAAUGCAUAGAAUAUCACUUAUGCCAGGAAUGUUUUGAUAGCUGCUGCCAUCUUUCCCACACGUUUACAUUUCGUGAGAAAAGAAACCAAAAAUGGAGAUCACUAGAAAAAAGAGCAGAUGAAGUUGUCAAAUACAUAGAUACUAAAAGUGAGAUAGAAGAAAAGGUGUCACAUUUUCAAGAAAAGCAAGGCCAAGUUUACACACCAAAACACAUUGUAAGAUCACUGCCUCUCCAACUGAUUACUAAGAAUAGUAAGCUGCUUGCUCCAGGCUGCCAGUGUCUACUUUGCUUGAAGGCAUUUCAUCUUGGUCAACAUACAAGAUUGCUACCAUGUACUCACAAGUUUCACAGGAAGUGUAUUGACAAUUGGUUAUUCCGCAAGUGCAAUUCAUGCCCUAUUGAUGGACAAGUUAUAUAUAACCCUUUAACUUGGAAAAAUUCAGCAGUGAAUGGAAGAGCACAUCAAUCUGUUUCAAACAGAGACAUCAUUCAUCUAUCAAAGCAGAAAGAACCAGAUCUUUUUAUUCCUGGUACCGGAUUAGUCUUAAAGCAAAAUAGACUUGGAAUUUUACCUAGCAUACCUCAGUGUAAUUUGGAUAAACUGAAUACACCUCAAAGCCCAAAAGAUGCCUAUGACAAUAUAACAAUAGAUAAUCUAUGCUCUAUCAAAUUAGAUAAUUCAAAUUCAAGAAAAUUAACCUAUGAAUAUAAAAUUAGCCAACAUUUUCCCAGGUAUCUUCAAGAUUUACCCACUGUAUCAUUUGGGAAAAUACCAUCCCAAACACUUCCUCCUAUUGUUCAUAAGAAUAUUGUAUGUCCCACUGCAAUGGAAAGUCCAUGCAUCAGUGGAAAGUACCACACUAGUCAAAGCCAGAUGACCAAAGGCUGUAAAUGUAAUAACCACAACCUAAAGAAGACUCCUGGCACUAAAAUAAGAGAGGACAACAAGAGAUCAACUUUGCUUACAGAGGAUUUCAAUCUUAUUGUCAAUUGGAGCACAGCUAAACUUAGUUUGUCUAAAAGGUAUAAUAACUGUAUGGGGGAAAUUACACGAAAAUGUAGUCAUCUAUCAAGACAGCCUGUGUCUCACUCUGUAAAUACAAAAAGUACUGAGCUAUCUUUAAUAAUAGAAGGAGUUCAAUUGUGAAAAAGUUUACUAUCUGAAAAUAUUUGAAUGUUGAAUAUAAAAACAUGUUUUAUAUAGAACAUAAAAAGCACAUAUAGUCUUGACAAAUGUAUAUAAAAGUCUCUGUUGGAAUUUGCUUACUUACCUAUAAACAGCUCACUACACUUAAA